AUGAACAACAAUAGACACCUUCACAGCGACCACUUAUCUGGAGACGCUUUUCAGCUUUUAAUUUUUUUCUACACUUAACAUAAGGUCUUGGGGUCAAGAAAAUGGCCACCUCAGCAAGUUCAAAACUGAACAAAGCUGUAAAGCAGCAGUACAUGGACCUCCCUCAGGGGGACAAGGUCCAAGCCAUGUACAUUUGGAUAGAUGGCUCUGGAGAGGGACUACGCUGCAAGACCAGAACUUUGGAUUCUGAACCGAAGACGAUUGAGGAUCUUCCUGAGUGGAACUUUGACGGCUCCAGCACCUACCAAUCGGAGGGCUCCAACAGCGACAUGUUCCUGGUCCCUUCAGCUAUGUUCAGGGACCCGUUCAGGAAGGACCCCAACAAGCUGGUGCUCUGUGAAGUGCUCAAGUACAACCGUAAGCCAGCAGAAACCAACCUGCGUCACACCUGCAAACAGGUCAUGAGGAUGGUGGAGAAUAACCACCCAUGGUUCGGUAUGGAGCAGGAGUACACUCUCCUGGGCACAGAUGGACAUCCCUUUGGCUGGCCCUCCAACGGCUUCCCAGGUCCACAAGGGCCGUAUUACUGUGGAGUGGGAGCAGAUAAGGCAUACGGACGAGACAUAGUGGAGGCGCACUACAGAGCCUGCCUGUAUGCUGGAGUUCAGAUCUGUGGAACCAAUGCUGAAGUCAUGCCAGCUCAGUGGGAGUUCCAGGUCGGGCCGUGUGAAGGUAUCAACAUGGGGGACCAUCUGUGGGUUGCCCGCUUCAUCCUUCACAGGGUGUGUGAGGAUUUCGGCGUGGUGGUGUCUUUUGACCCCAAGCCUAUCACAGGGAACUGGAACGGCGCCGGCUGCCACACCAACUUCAGCACGAAGGAAAUGCGAGAGGAUGGUGGACUGAAGGUCAUCGAAGAGGCGAUCGAAAGGCUGUCAAAGAGACACAGGUAUCACAUCGGGGCCUACGAUCCCAAAGGCGGGCUGGACAACGCCAGACGCCUCACUGGUCAUCACGAAACCUCAAACAUCGAGGAGUUCUCAGCCGGCGUGGCCAAUCGGGGCGCCAGCAUCCGCAUCCCUCGCUCUGUGGGGCAGGACAAGAAGGGCUACUUCGAGGACCGCCGUCCGUCCGCCAACUGCGACCCUUACAUCGUCACGGAGUCUCUGGUGCGCACGUGUUUACUGAAAGAAGAGGGAGAAGAGCCCACAGAUUACAGCAAAUGAACAAUGCGAAACAAACAGUCAUUUCCAGUACUGUAUUUAGCCUUGUGUCUAGUUCAGAAGUUCAGGAUUUAAAUUUUUUUUUUUUAUUAUUUUUUUUUUUUACUUGACGGAUGAAACAAUGAGGUGUUCCUGCAUUCUCUGUGGAUUCAGUUGUAUGCGGAAGUUCUUUGAUAACAUAAACACUGCCUUUCUGUCAGCAAGGCGUUCUGUCACGGUAGCUGAUAAUUUGUAUAGAAGUGCAUUAUUGUAAUGAUUUUAACUUGUACUAAUAAACUGUCCAAGUGCAGCAGGAGAUUGCUGUAGAUCUUGUACCUCUGACACAAACGAUCCCAAAGGCAUCUGAAUGUUGUUAGUAGUCCUUGGCCUCUGUCAUGUAUAGAUAGUUAAGGUCAUUGUGUAAGCCAAUCUACAUUUCUAUGUUUUUGGGUUUUUUUUGUCGUUUUUUUUUUUUAAUUAAUGCAUGUCUUGUUUUUUUGUUUUUUUUUCACUUGUAAAUGUGACUUGCAAGAACUCUUUAAUA